CUUCCGUUUACGUACUUCCGGUUUUGAUUAUUUCGUCCAUGCUUCUGAAACGGUGAAUUUUCGACAAAGGCAGACAGAAGAACAAAACUACAGCUUACCUCAGCAAAAAUGUUCAAACUGGAAGGACUCGGACCUAAAAUGGACCCAGAGGAGAUGAGGAAGAAAAUGCGGCAAGAUGUCAUCUCAUCUUUACGAAACUUUCUUAUUUACGUCGCCCUUCUCAGAGCCACACCGUAUGUGUUAAAGAAGCUGGACAGCAUAUGAACAGAGCAUCUGGUCUCUUCUUUCGCUCUCCACUGACGGUUCAUUGCAUCAGAGACACGAUGGACCAUCAUCAGCAGGCAACCUGAGCCAAUACAGCACAUCCUGCUGAAGUCUGUCCAUCACAGCACCUGAUGAAACAUCUUGUUCUUAUUUUUUUCUUGUUCCUUGUUGGUCAUUAUGAGUCUGCUGUUAUUGUUAAACAUAUUGUGAUCAUUAUUGAAUGCAAAGUUGGAUAGUGUGUACACAUGUUGUGCUCACACAAUAAAGGAAACAGUUGA